GACCGUUAUCUCAGAACAUUACAGUAUUGUACACAACUUGGGGUGUUGGACAUUUCUCUCCUGCAGCGAAUUGGCCCCUAUUAGCUAAGCAGCAAUGACCCGGUUUGUAUUUGCACGCUCCGCUUUCCUACUCCCAUCUUUUAGGGUUUCCUUGUAACGCUUCUCUUACUGUCUAUCACUCUUUCUCUGUCUUCACAUCGCUCUACCUCUUUCUGCUCUCUCAAUCCAUCUCCUCUCUGUUCUUUUCAUGCAUCUAUGUUCAAACAAUUAUUUCUCUCUCUCUACUACACAGUGAUUCGGUGUUCAGUACCCUCUUGUCAUUCUGUGCUGGCAUGGUGCUUGUGCAACUGGGACUGCAUUUUUCGCUGACGAGGCACAUGGAUAAUAUCGCAGGCAGCUCUUUUCUCUCGCUCCCCCUUCCAUCUCUCCCUCCCUCAGUCUCUCCGUGUCUCUCUCUCUCUGAAGCACCUCGGCGAGCAGGCCUGAACUCCACUCUUGUCUCCACAACAUCUAUCCCCUCUCCUCCUCAGGGCAUAGUGGAUGUCCCCUGACUCCAACUAUUGAUCUGAUUCUGAGCAUCUCAAGGCACAGCAGAACAGUAUCUUAGCCCAGCUGCAUUGAGAGUUCAUGGCAAGAGUUCCAGCUGCAUUGACAAAUAAAGCUUUAUUUACAAGUAGGUACGAGGAGGGUUUUUGGGCUUUUGUUUUAAAGUAUAUACCGCCAGUCUACAUCGAAACGGUACACACCCACACAGCUAGACGAUGAGAGCUAGCCUUAAGCAUGUAGCUGUAACAAAGCCAAAUUAUUCAGCCAGGCACUCUGGUGUAAAUAAUCCUGUGUCUGUUCUGUUGUGAAGCACAUAGACAGCAGCGGUAACAGCAAGGUCAGUCUGUCCUUCUCCUAGCUCUGCUGUUGUCCUGCUGCUCUGAAAGCGUUACUCAGCCAUGCUAAAAAUGCUUCCUUUAUGAAAUGUGAGGGAGAAAAUCCUGUCUGGCCCUGACCAUUUCUCCAUAGGCCUUCAUGUGACUCAUAUAUGGGUUGUCAUGGUGGGCGGAUUGAUCAAACCAAGCUGAGCCACGUAGCACCAACCCACUGUGUCAGGAGCCCACUGUGGGUGGGCGGUAGAGAGGAGUGGAGAGGAGAGCAGGAGGGGUGGCAUGCCUGCCUGGGUAAAGUGGCUCUGUUGCUCCUGCGCUAUUGUCUAUGGAGGGGCGCUGAGAGCCGGGCUGCAGCAUGACAGCUCCUGACACCCGUGGAGAGAGAGAGAGAGGACUGUCACUUCCACCAGACGCAUGCGCUGACAUAAUGCGUAUUUCACCCACACACACACACCAACCCCUACCCCUACUUUGAAAUUUCACAGCUCCACUUAAGUUUGUCUGAUACACCCCCCCCCCCCACCCUACUCCAGCAGCAGUGUCAUGGCUCUGGGGUGACGGGGCAGUGACAGUCGUCAGCGUGUCUCACGUCACGGAGCUGGCUGUGUGUGCAGCGCCUCUCUGCGCCCCUCACCUGCCACUCGUGUGUGUUCUGAUCUGUAGGCAGCUAGAGGUCUGUGGUACUUUACUGGGAUCUGUUCUCUCUCUCUGUCUUUCCCCUCUGUUCUCUCGCUCUUUCUCUAACAUUGUUUUUUGCAUUGCAUGUUUUAACUGGCUAUCAUUCGGUACUAGCUCUCUUACUCUGUCCUAAUCACACCUUUUCCCCUCCCCUCCCCAUUUCUCCAAUGUCCCCUACCCCUGUUCCCCCCUCCAAAUCCCUGGACCUGAGAGAGAGAUGCAGUGGGCAGCCUCAGACACGAACACACACACACACACACACACACACACACACACACACACACACACACACACACACACACACACACGUUCACACACACAAGAGCAAACUCUAUUUUUAAAAAACACCUGUGCUCAAGCUGUUCUGGCCUCAAACUUGAGAGAGAAGAUUGAUUUCACACCGUGCCAUUUCACGUGAUGCCUUCCGGCCUUUUACCUUUGGUUACUGAGACACUGCACCAAGUCAGGGUCAGCUCCGUCACAGCACCACAGACAACAAUAUUCAGAGUCAAACCUCAGUCAGAUUAGAAGGAAACUUACAUGCCCAGGGAUUUAUGAUGGGUCAAAGGUCAUACAUCACCCUUUCAUGGUGCGGUACGACUGCAGUAACACACUGACCCCUGCCCACCCUCCGUAUGUUAUCACGGGUGCUAACAGCCAUUUGGUGUGUCUCUGUUCUGGGUCCAGGUGCUGACAUCAUCAACAUGAGGUGGGUCUGACAGACUGUGACGGUGUACCAACUGCUUAAAGGCUAUGUUGUUGUUCACAUCCAUGUAUCAACAGAGCUGUAGGUGUCUUUGAAAUGAUCAACCUUGUUUAGGUGGGGGUUUUUCACUGCCACCCACAUGCACGACAACAUCGCUCGCUCGCUCGCUCGCCCACACACACACACACACACACACACACACACACACACACACACACACACACACACACACAGAGCCUGGAGAAACACACACAAUUAUACACACGGAAUACUGUGCUGUUGCUCAGGCACCAGCUGUAUCUUUCCUCUGCUCCAUGCCGUGUUAUUGUUACACUCCCACCGCCUCCCCGCCUUCAUUUGGGAAAAUGAACCCCUGGAAGAUUACCAAGGGAAAGGGAAAGGUCAUCUGUCGUCAGUCACUCGUCCCCUUUACAACUCUGACCCUGCCUAGGGCUCCAUCUCUAUUUAGCACCAGCUCCAACACUGCAGGAGGCAGACUGAUGAGGUCAGUUACAUGUUUUUAAGGUCAAGGUCAUUGAUGGUAAUGGAUCCAAUGACCCUGACCAAGUCUGUCCACCGGUUAAGUGACAACUCCUCAAGGUCAGCUGAACAGACCCAAGGUUAGGUAACAACUGCUCUCCAAUAUGGUGGUGCUAAGAGGGCAGGGCCUGGGUUGGAAGGUGUCUGUUCUAUUUGGCCUGAGUCCCUUGAGGCCCAUGCAGGGACCAUUGUUUCCAUCACACCUAUCUGAGCCUCAGCAGGGAGGAAUGUGCGCGUGCAAGGCAGACAGACAGAGCGCGAAGGACAGCGGAGCUGGACAUAGAGCUUUACAGGGAAGAGCAGAGCUGCCCCCCUGCUCAGUCCAACAGACCCGGCUCCACAAGACUCCUGUAAAAAUACACAUUCCACAGGGGGACGAGAGCGGGUGACGCCUGACUGCCACCCUCUGUUUUCUACUGUCACAUAGUUACUAGUCUCUCGCUCUCGCUCUUGCUCUCUCUCUCGCUCUUGUGCUAUAUAUAUGACCCAAGUUUUGGUUGAUCUUUUUUCUGACAUUAUUUUCUGGUUAAGUGGAUUAGCGUGCUGUCUUGUCCUGUGGGUUAAGGCCUCAGACAGUGAUGGUGCAGUAAUCCCUAUUUAAAAACCUCCCAUAUAAUGCAAGGGGCUUCUGAACCCCCAGUGUGAGGCUCACACACAGCCAGCGUCUACUGCGCACACACACAUACACACACACACACACACACACACACACACACACACACACACACCGUCAGCAUCACAAGGUUUGAAGACCCACACACUCCGAGGUUCCUGGUAUGGUGCCCCCUGUAUACCUCUUCCUGCCUUUACCCCUAUCUAUUUGGUUUUACCCUACCUCCACCUCCCCCCUCCCAUGCACCCUCCCUCCACCUCCCCCCUCCCAUGCACUGUGUCAAUGACAGCACAAUGCACAUUACCCUCCCUACCAACACUCGGUGUGGAUUUCUCUUGUUUGGAUAACAUUUUCUUUUUAUUUCUCCUAUAUUAACAGUAAUCAUUCAAUCAGUGAGUUUAUUGACAUGCCUAGUUACCACAUUUUUGUUUUGUGUACAGUGUUUUAUAAAUUUUUUAGGGCAAAAUAAAGAUUUUAGCUCUUUUUAAUAAGAAAAAGAUAGAAAACAAAUUGCAGUUGAAAGCGUUAGUGACUGGCCGGUUUCUUACAUUGUGUCACGUGUGACUGUUCUUUUGACAGCCCAGUAUUUUAAAGCCAGGAUAACAUUGGGCACCGGCUGCUUCAGAAACAUGGCUGGAAGCUGGGGCAGGGACUGGGCAAAACCAUGCAGGCGAUUUGAUCCUGCCCAUGUUGUGCUGAUGGUAAACUUAGUGGACGCACCGACCCUGUGCCAAUCAUCCUCAAAUAUGAUGUCAUGGGGAUGGGACGUAUGGAGAUGGAGUUGGACGUUGCCGAAGAUGCUACAGAGAAGAGGAAAGUGCUGGAGGUGGAGAAGGAAGUCACAGAGGAAUUACAGCAGAAAUACAAGGACCAGGUGGAAAAGGAGAAGGCCAUCGCUAAAGCCCUGGAAGACCUGAGGGCCAACUUUUACUGUGAGCUGUGUGAGAAACAGUACCAGAAGCACCAAGAGUUUGACAACCACAUCAACUCGUACGACCAUGCUCAUAAGCAGAGGCUUAAGGAGCUGAAGCAGAGGGAGUUUGCGAGAAACGUGUCAUCACGCUCCCGGAAGGGUGGGAAGAAGCAGGAGAAGCUGCUACGCAGGCUGCAUGAGCUGGCUGAGCAGAGGAAACAGCAGAACCGUACCCCGGGAAGUGGUCCCAUGUUCAAACCCACCACCGUGGCAGUAGACGGGGAGAAGGGUGAAGAGGGGAGUGCUGUAACCCCCGAGUAUGUUCCCCCUGCAGACACUGCCAUGGAGGGCUUGUCAGGGGAGGAGAAGAGCAGUGGGGGUCAGGCCUCCCCCAAACCAGCCACCACCAUCAACUUCUCCCUGGGGAAGAGCAGCUCAUCCCCGGCCGGGGCCUCCAAGGUCAGCGUGUCCUUCUCCUUCGCCAAGAAACCCCCGGUGAAGCUGGAGACGGUCGCAGCAGUGUUCGCUAAACUCCAUCAGGAUGACGAGGAGGAGGAGGAGGGGGGACAGGAGGAGGGAGGGGAGAAGGCCGCGGGACAGGAGGAGACCUCCGGCUGCAGCACCGAGAGCCCCAAGGGAGGAGGAGGGGGGAAUGGAACAGCAGGGCCAGAGGAGGAGGAGCAGCAGGAGGAGCAACUACAUCAAGAACAACCAGAGCAGGAGGAAGAAGAUGACGGCGCCUCCCUAGCCUCCACCCUCAACAAGCUGAAGAUGAUGAUGAAGAAGGAGGAAGGCUGGGCCGGCCAGGAGCCUGAGUACUACCACUACAUCCCACCAACCCACUGCAGAGUCAAACCCCGCUUCCAGUUCCUGGUGUUCAUGAAGGCCACAGACCAGUGUGAGAUCAGGGAGCAAGAAGAAGAAGAUGAAGAAGAGGUGGAAGAGAAGAAGACCGAGAAGGUGGUAGCAGAGGUUUCUGAGCAGACACAGCCAAAAGCUACCGAGUGCAAAUCAGAAGAGCCAGAGAAGACUCCUGCAGCUCCAGUCACAGAGCCCACUCCUACUCCCACAUCACCUAAACUGAAGACUGAAGAGGCCUCUGCCAGCUUCACAGACCCCCCUCCCACAACGGCCCCCACUGUAGUACCAGACAGCAAGCAGGAGACCCCAGUCCCAGAGCCCAACUCGGGCCCCAAAAUCCCCACCAGCCCCUUCUUCCUGGUCCUGAGCAAAGACGAGAGCACCACUCUGCAGUGGCCCUCGGAGCUGCUGGAUUUUACCAAGGCUCAGCCCACCCUCUCUUACAGCUGCAACCCCCUGUACUUCGACUUCAAACUGUCCCGCAACAAAGGGGUCCGUGCUGGACGAGCAGCAAAGUCCUCCAAGCCCACUGGUGAAGGAGCUGAGAAAAAAAACAAUCCUGAGGCAGCUGCUGCAGUCAACGAGGGGAAUGCUGCUGCUGCCACCACCACCCCUGGGCCCAGCACUGACAACACUGAUAAGGAGCAGCCCUCCUUAAAAAUAGAGGUUUCCCAAGGGGAGACUGAGGAGCAAAAGCUACAGAGUAGCACAAGCGGAGCCAAGAAGAAGAAGAAAAAGAAGAAGAAGAAGCAUAAGAAAUCUGGGAAAGGCUCCAAGCGCAAAGAAAAAGAGAAGGGAGCCGUAGUGGACGGGGACGCGGAAACUGCGAUCCUAGGAGAGAAAACCAAAAAGAAGAAAAAACACAAACGAAAGAAGAGCAAAAACAAAGGUGAGGGGGAAGAGGGAGGUGGUGGUGAUAAGGAAAAGCCUAAAGAGGAAAAAGCAGUAGCCGCAACGGUUUCUAGUGCUCCCCCAGCACCAGCAGGAACAGGAUCUGCUACAGGAGCGGAACCCGGGAAGAGGAAACGACCAGCCAAAGAAGCACUUCAGAAGUCCGGGGCAGAGGAAGGUGGGGCAGGGAAAGGCUCUGACGAGGCCAAGCCGUCUGAGGAGCACAACGGCACCAAGCGUCUGAAGACAGACCCCAGCGCCCCACCCAGCGCUUCCUGCUCCUCCUCGGCCCAGAAGAGCCCCGGGCCAGGCAAACCACCCAGCAGUGAGAGUGAGGAGGAAGGAGGUGGAGGCUCAGCUUCCCGAUCCAGCCGCCGCAGAUCCACGCCCCGGGAGGGGCGCCGGCACCAGAGCGAUGACUCCGGCCGCUCCCGAAGCCGCUCGUCGCGUCGGGGAGACGGGCGAGGGAGCAGCCGGAGGCGGCACCGCGGCCAGGCAUCCCGUAGCCAGUCAGACUCCAGCAGCUCGGAGCGUUCCUCGAGCGCCUACAGCCGGCGCAGCCGCAGCUACUCAGACAGUUACAGUGACGACAGUGACGGGGGCCGCCACCGGAGACACUCUAAACGCUCCUCUGACUCAGAGUACGAUCGACGGGGAAGCGGCGGGCGGCGGCGCUCCAGAAGACGUCACUAUUCUUCCUCGUCCUCGGAGGACUCUCGCUCCCGCAGCCACAGCCGCAGGAAGAGGCACCAGCGGCGGCACCGGAGCAGCUCUCGGAGCUCUAGCAGCAGGAGCCGCAGCAGCAGCACCAGGUCGUGGAGACGCAGCUACAGCCGCAGCCACAGCUCAGCCAGCCGCUCCUCCAGCUCUACCAAGGGCUCCCCUUACCGGGGUCGUGGAGGCCAGGGGGGCCACAGGGGCCGGGCAGACAGCACUACACGGCGCAGAGACUUCAACCGCUCCUGCAUCUACCGUUCCCAGUCCCCCCGCUCUGCCUCAUCACGAGCCCCAAACCGCAACAGCAGCUCCCAGAGCCAGAGGGCAGGGGGGUCCCGGGGAGAAGGAGGGGGAGACCAGAGGAACUCUUCCUCACACUUCACCGCCCGCCAGCUUCUGGAUAAGAUCCAGUCCAGGAAGGGAUCUGAUGUCCCAACCACAGGGACCAAAUCUGGCGCCAAGAUCAAGGACCCACCAUCGGGCUACUUUGGGCCCAAACUGCCUCCAGCUCUGGGCAAUAAGUCCAUGCUGCCCCUGUUCGGUAAGCUGCAGGCAGGGAAGAAAUUCCCUGCGAUCCCCCUGACCCGGCCCGAUGGUGGAGAGAAGUCAUCAGCAGGGAAAGGUUCAGAUGCCGGGGGAGAGGUCAUCCUGAUGGAGCCCAUCCGGGAGUUCCCCCCACCGCCUCCCCCUCCACCAGCUCAUAAGAAGGUGGAGGAGACGGUAGUAGUAGUCCAGGAAGCCCGCCACCUCACCCUGGACGCACGGGUUCUUCAUGAGCCCCGGCCGCUGUUCCAUCAGGAGCCCUCCAUGCUGAUGCCCCCAUACCAGGGCGAGCCGGGACAGGACCCCUCCCAGAACCCCAUGAUGGAGCCACUCAUGCCCGACAUGCAGCAGCAGCCACCCCCCAUGCACGCCUACCCCAACUACCCCCCGCCCAGCCUGGAGGAGGAGGACAUGGGCAUGGAGGCAGAGGAGAACGGUCUGGCCCCGCUGGAGAGCCAGCCCAUCACCUUCACCCCAGAGGAGAUGGAGAAGUACGGCAAGCUGCAGCAGGCCGCCCAGCAGCACAUCCAGCAGCAGCUCCUGGCCAAGCAUAUCAAGACCUUCCCCUCAGCCGCAGCAGCACAGGCUGCAGCGAACAUGGCUGCAGCAGCGAACCAUCUGCAGCCGGCACCCCCUCCCCCCCAGCAGCAGAUGAUCCAGAUCCACCAGCCUGCCGUGUCUGCAGCCUCGGCUACCUCCAUCACCACAGUACAACACCUCAUCCAGCAGCACCAUGCCGCUCAGGCUGCAGCCAUGGGCAUCCACCCACACGGCCCCCACCCGCACCCCCAGUUAGCCCAGGUCCACCACAUCCCCCAGCACCACCUCACCCCCAUUUCCCUAUCUCACCUGGGACACUCUCUGGGCCACACUCUGGGCCACCAGUUGGGAGUGGGACACGCUGGACUGAUCCCUGCCCACCACACGGCCUUCCUCAAUGGCCAGCCCAUACACAUUAUCCCAGCCUCAGCACUUCAUCACCACAGCCCCUUAGCCCUCCACCACAUACCACACUCAUCCCUCUACCCAACGCUGUUCGCCCCCCGGCACUCUAACGCCGCUGCGGCAGCUGCACUGCAGCUCCACCCCUUCCUGCACCCCAUCUUCUCAGGGCAGGACCUCCAGCACCCCCCUAACCACGGCUCCUGAGAAAGACCUUCACUAUAGCCAUGUGUCCACAUCAGAGGAGGGUGUUUUGGCCAGAGCAGGCCUGGUUAAACAUCAGAGUUAACAUGGAGAGAGGGAGGUGUAGUGGCACCAUUGUGCAGCAGGUGAUGAUGAGAAUAUCAUCAGACUGGCCACCAUUAGACCACUGGCCAGACAGAGGUGCUGUGAUAUGCUGCCUGUGCAGAGGUAAACAACAGACAUUUACUGUGGGCUCUUUGAAUGGACCCCUCCGAACAGUUGACAGACAUUCACCCUGAGGUUUCUGGACAGGGUGGGAGAGGGUUUGAGGCAACCUCAAAUCUAAGACGGCAGUUUGUUUUGAAUGGGAACCCAGUUUAAAAGGGGGGGGGGGAGAAGCAGAAACCUCUGGAGUAUUUUUUUUUGUCCCACAGUUUAUAACUGAUUGUCGCUGUCAAUGUUCUUCUUUGUUUUUACAGCCAAAGAGACGCAGUGGCUGAAGCCAUAAGCAGGAUGGUGUUGUGGGAAAGGAAAGGGGGAGAUAAGAGGGGGUUUAGGGUGACAUCCAUGACUGGAAACAGCCUUGACUUUGUAAUGUAAUCUGGUGGCUCUAGUCUACUGCCUGAAUUCUGUUGUCAUUAAUAUCUAAUUUUCUCACAUGACUACUUGCUCUCUUCAUGACCCGUAAUAUUCACCAACAAUUUGUAAUACGGUAUGGUGUACAUAGAUCACUGAGCAAUGUGAAGUAUCCCUCUAAUAUGAUGGGCAUAUAAGGAAUGUUCUUUAUUACUGACUAAUGAAAUGUUGCCCAUAAGGAAAUUAAAAUGGUCACUGGUGGGGGAACACCGAUAAGAGGGGUGAAGCUCAAGUUUUAUUGGAGGUACUGUGGGGGGGGGGGGGGGGGGGGUCACACCCGCUUAGUGCUGUAGGGUUAAAGGUCAUGUUGUUCCAAGUGGUAGUGGUUGUAUAUUGAAAUGACUUGCACUGAAAUCUGUACAUCAAGAUGCUGCUUUCGCAUCAUGUAACAAAUGUAUGAUUGUAGUAUACUGCAAUAAUUGUAUUUUAUUUUGUUUUUGUUUCUAAAUUAUUUUCCAAAAUGCUCCUCAAAAGGAGAUGUUUUUCCUCUUGUGUAAUUUUUGCUCAAUGUAAAUAAAAUUCCUGUAGUUAACCCCAAUAACAUUCUAGGGGUUUGUUGCUACUGUAAAAAAUAAAAGAACUGAAGGAAUGAAGAUGGACAAGAAUACUUUAUCGAGGCAUUUUCUGAACUAUUAUCCUGUAUGGGAAGGAUUGGGUGACGGGACUGCCCUGUAAGUGGCGGCAAUGGUAUGUCUUUUUUUAAAUAUAAUGCGUCAACAAAUAAAGAGUUUUGAGUUGC